AUGCUGAAAGUGAUUUACAUCAAAAGCACAGCAUUGUCAAAACGUCAAGCAUCUGAAAAAGCAGCUACAAUAGCACUCCAUUGGCUGUACAUUAAUAAACGUAUUAAUAGUGAUGGUUGCCCUGUUUAUGAUAAAACAGUGCUCGACAAUCUACAUAACAAAAUAAAUAUUCCAAUUGAAGCUUCUCUUAGUGAUAAUUCAGUGGACAGAAUAGAACGGAUUUGGAAUGAUUAUAACAUAGGGAUAAAACCAAUUUAUGAAGAGACUUUCAAAGCAGCUGCCAUGAAAGAUAUCACAAGCGCAGCACUUAUAAAGGAUUCCAGUUUAGAUGAAGGUAAGAUGUAUGCAACUAAAAUGAAACCAAUAGGGUAUUCUACUCUAUUUUGUAUAAUACUAGUAACUGUUUAUUUUAAUUUAAAUAAGCCACAAAACAAAUAUUUCGGAAAAAUAAACACGUUUUACUGCCUUAAAAUAAAUCACAAUUCUAACUGUUUUUACGCUGUCCGCAUAUUCAUGACGUCAUUGUGAUAUGUACACAAAACCUUAACUCUAUGCACAAAACAGAUGCAUAGAGUAGAAGAUUUAUAGAUGUCAAUAAAACAAGAUCAAUGCCAUCUAACGAUCAAUUUAGAAAUAAAAAGGUAUAAUAAUAUUUAUAUAUCUUUUUAUUAAGAAAAGGAAUUUGAUUUAUAAUUAAUGGCAUAUUUUUAUGACCAAUCUGACAGCUGUCGCCACAGUGACGUCACACAAUGGCGGGUCGUGUUUUACAGACAGGAAAAAAAACCACUACUUUUUAUUUUAAUAUAAUAACAUAAUCGUGCGAUUUUAAGCCUCAAAUCACAGAAUCUAUGUUUAUUACAAUUUAAAUGUUAGUUUUUGUGCAAUUCCGUGGCUUAUUUUUUACUACCGAAACUCCCCUAUUAUAUUUAUGGUAAACAAAAAGUUAACAAAAACUAUUUGUAAUCACUAUAGCUGUGGAAUUUAAUAAACAAAAGCUAUUAACACGCAUAUUUCAAGUUACUUUUAUGUGUCGUCAUAUAUCUAUAUAUGUGUUUACAUAUAUUUUAACGGUAUAUACUACCAAAUUUAUAUUGUUUGAUAUAAUAAAAUUAUUUGUUAUAGAUGAUUAUUCUGAAGACGAAAGGGAGUCAGAAGCGGACACAGAUAUUUUUGGUGAGUCUUAUUAAAAAUUAACAUAAAAAAUAAAACGACAAUAUAGAAAUAAACCUUAAUAAUGUAUCGAAAUUUUCCAAUAAGAACUCGUAUUAAUUAAAUAAAGGGUUGAUUUUGAGACCUCGUCGACCACCAAAAUGAGCUUUAGAUUAUCUAGAUCCCUGGAAAACCGAUUUCGACCCCAAGGGAUUGACGUGAGAAUUCCUGAUCAACAUAAAUUAAAUUUAUAUUAUCUAUUAUGAUUUCAAAAUACAAGUUUUAGGCGUUCAAUAAUUUUCGUAAAAAUUUAAAUAGUUUAAAUAUGUUAUUUUGUUACAGACGGUCAAUUGAUCCACCCUGUUUACGGCAAAAGGAUUGAUGCUCCUUCAGCUCAAGCUUUAAAGCGUCGAGAAUGGCUACUGAAGAAACAUUUCGAAAACUACGACGAUGGUCUCACGCCACUACCUAUUGAUGAAUACACGUAAGUGAAUAAGAUAAAAAUAUUUACUAAAAUUGAUCUUCCACAGGGAUGUAUAUUGGGGCCUCUUCUUUUCACAUAUGAAAAAAGACUAGCUAUUUAAUUGAAAUGUAGUAUUAAAGAUUGUAUUGUAAUACAUUAGAUGUGAUGCAUAAUGGCAAUGUGAAGACUACAUAAUGCGAGGAUUUCUACAAUUUGGAGGCGAUAUAUUCAAAACUAUUAUACAUAUAUCUAGUGUAUAUGAAUUUGAUAAGUUGUUAGACAUUGUUGUCUUUUUAUGGUAG